AUGGGUUCUAAAGAGUGGCUUUACAGAUGCAACUUGUGUGAGUUUGAUGCUCACUUGGCCUGCGCCACAAUAAAACCAACACCUCCUCCGAUUCAACAGUAUUCUCAGGUGCAGCAUAAUUGCCAAGCAACAACACUAACUCCUCAAACUUACGGUCAGGUUCCUGGAUUUCAAUACGCACAAUCACCUACUUUGCAAACCGGUGCACCAACCAAUUACUAUACAAGUAAUGCUUAUGCUGCCCCAGGUGGUGUGAGAACCCAGCAAAAAACUGUGUCAGACAGGCUGGUUAUGCAGUUUCUGUUAAAUGCCACCAUUCCGGGGCUUGGCUUGUUGAUGCAGGGACAGUCGAGGAGUGGCGGUGGUGGUGGUCUGAUUGAGUUUGGAGGUGAUCAAAGUGGUGGUUUUGGUGAUGGAGGCUUGAUUUCAGAUGAUUUGAGUGGAAUGGAUUUUGGCGGAUUUUAA